AUGACACAUUUUCUUGCUGUUGUGUGCGUGGUGGGACUUUUCCUUCAUGGCAUCACGAAAUCCACACAAAGACCCUCAGAGUUUCAUUUAGAAGGAGAUUAUUUACUAGGUGGACUUUUUGACAUCCAUUCUGUCAGCUCAACUCUUGAUAGGAACAGACCUGAAGCAAUUGACUGUUCCAGGGAAAUUUUCCUUCUUCCAAAUUACCGGAGGUUUCAGUUGAUGAGAUUCGCGGUUGAGGAAAUAAAUAACUCCACCACCCUGCUGCCAAAUGUUACCCUUGGUUAUGAGAUGUUUGAUCACUGCUCAGACACACUUAGCUUCCCAGGAAUCCUCAAACUCAGGUCAGUCAAUGGCUUCGUCCAGUCCCAACCAUCAAACAUUCGGUCCAAAGUUAUAGCGCUGGUCGGACCUUUCACAAGCACUCAGGGCCGGACUGUAGCCCCGUUUUUCAUGAUCGAUCUCAUUCCUAUGGUCAGUUAUGGAAGCUCUGCUUCAGUUUUUUCUGAAAAGUACAAAUACCCCUCUUUUCUACGAACAGUGCACUCUAAUACACACACUGUAGAUGCGAUUGUCACGAUUCUUCAGCACUUCAACUGGCGCUGGGUUGCCUUUCUUAACAGUGAUGACGACUUUGGCAUCGAUGGCCUGGAGUUGUUCAUUAAGAGGAUUAAAACCAUUAACAUCUGCCUGGCCUAUACCAAGGCCUUCAGUGAAAACACAGAUCACUCACAAAUCUUCAAACAGAUAGAGGCACAGAAAAUAAAUGUUAUUGUUGUUUUUGCUCCAAAACUUUAUGCUGAAGCUGUCAUUAAAACUGCAAUUCAGCUGAAUGUCACCAACAAAGUGUGGAUAGCAGAUGACAAGUGGUCUUUAAACAAAGUGCUCCCAAAGAUGGAGGGAAUCAGAAGUAUUGGAACCGUGCUCGGGGUGGCUCAGCCAAUAGUGACAAUUCCUGGUUUCGAUGAUUUUAUCUACUUUACUAGAGGUCAGGGACGCAAAGCAGACACUGACCAGCAGACGUUGUGUAAUCAGGUUUGCAACUGCAGAAAUAUGACCGCUGGAAACAUUAUUUCAGCAGAUCCGUCAUUCUCUUUCCCGGUUUAUUCUGCUGUACAUGCAGUUGCUCGUGCCUUACACAACAUCCUAGAAUGUGAAGCUGGCAGAUGCAAUGAUAAUAUUUCAGUGGAGCCAUAUAUGGUGCUAGACAAACUCAGGAAGUCCAAUUUUACAUUGUUGAACCAGAGUGUUCAAUUUGAUGAGAAUGGAGAUCCCAAAUUUGGACAACUUUCAAUAGUUUUCUGGAACCACAGUGGCAAUGCUCAGGAGGUUGGCUUCUACCAUUUUAACCCAGCUCCUGGAUUUUACAUCAACGACACCCAAGUUCAGUGGCAUACAGAUGGAGAGGUGCCGAUCGCAUUAUGCUCCCCAGAGUGUCCAACAGGAUUUGCAAAAAAACAAACUGGAAUCCAUAAAUGUUGCUUCAGGUGUGAAAUGUGUCCACAAGAAACAUAUGCCAACAUCACAGAGGAUGCGUUUCAGUGCAUCAGCUGUAAGGAGACAGAGUGGUCUGAAGCAGGAAGUACAUCAUGUAAACUGCGGCUGGUGGAGUACAUACCAUUCACUGACAGUGGAGCAAUAUUGGUAAUGGUUGGAACCUUGAUCUUGGUGGGUCUCAUUCUAGCUAUUUCUGUUCUCUUUGCAAUCAACUUCAACACUCCUGUAGUCAGAUCUGCUGGAGGGCCGAUGUGCUUCCUUAUCUUAGGCUGCCUCACUUUGUGUAGUCUCAGUGUUUUCUUUUACUUUGGUAAGCCCACAAAUACUUCUUGUGUCAUGAGGUAUUUCCCAUUUAUUUUGUGCUACACAGUUUGCCUGGCAUGUUUUGUGGUGCGAUCUUUUCAGAUUGUUUGUAUUUUUAAAAUAGCUGCAAAGUUCCCCAAACUCCAAACCUGGUGGAUAAAAUAUCAUGCUCAGUGGCUGCUCAUCACUGGGACAUUCUCAGCUCAGGCCCUGUUGCUUGUUAUUAGCUUUUCUUUUUACCCUCCCAGACCAUACAAUGAAACAUCAUGGUACCAGGACCAAAUUGUUCUUAGCUGUGACUUAAAUCUUGCAUCUUGUUCUUUUAUUCUCCUACCAUUAUUAUGUUGUCUUAGUUUCAUUUUCUCCUACAUGGGAAAAGACCUUCCAAAGAAUUACAAUGAGGCCAAAGCGAUAACCUUCUGCCUGCUGUUAUUGAUUCUCACCUGGAUAAUGUUUACUACGGAAUACCUCCUUUACCGUGGAAAGUACAUCCAUACUCACAAUGCUUUGGCGGUUCUUUUAAGUCUUUACUCCUUUCUGCUGUGGUAUUUCCUCCCAAAAUGUUACAUCAUGAUUUUUCAAUCCCAUAAAAACACACAGAAGUACUUUCAAGGUCUCAUUCAAAAUUAUACCAAAACAAUUUCCCAGUAG